AUGCUGACGUCGUCCACGCCGCUGUUGUCCUCAGAAGACCGAACGAAUGCGAGGACGAGUUUUGCAAGAAAAUUUACCAGCAAUGGCGUCGCGUCUUCACUCCUCUUCUUUAUCGUCGUCGCAUUCGCCACUCUGUCCAGUACAUCCGCGGCAUCACUGAAGGCAGACCUCUCGCAAACGAAAACAUCGAACGAAGAGUGGAACCGGUUGCACCCAGGAUUUUGCGAUAACAUGACUUGGUCCACGAAAACAGAUUAUGAUGCACAGAAUACUAUCAACAACAUCGAAGCGUUGGGUGGUGGUGAAAUGAACGAUGAUGAUGAGGAGAUUGAGCUUUCGCCGUUCGUUCGCAAAGCGAUGGCACUCGCCAAGUGGCGCGUGUACGACGAGUACCAGAAGAAGUACGCUUCUUUGCCGAGCGAGGAAAGCAGCGUAAGUUUGGAGGAUGUAAAGAGAGAUGCGUUGUUAGGCGAGGAAGAGGAGGUCGCGUGGGAAGAUUCUCCGGUGCGGAUUCACUCGGCGGAUAUCGUCGUCAUCGUUCAAAGGAACGACGCGGAAGAUCACGAGAACUUUGAUAAGAUUCGAAAGACGUUGCCGGACGCGACGAGCGACGUCGGCGUGACGCCGACGGAGUGGCCGGAAAACAUCGGCGACGCGGAAUGGGCGGUCGAACCGAUAAGGAAGUUGAAUAAAGAGUUCUUCCAGAGAGGAUGGAAACACCCGGACGCGUUGAGAAACGGAGACAACUUGAAAAAUUUGCCGUGGUUGGGUAUCGUCGACGAACGAAACAGCACGGGAGGGAUGACUGAAGAACAAUACGGCGGCGCGCAUCACAUCGGGUGUUUAUUCGGCCACAUGCACGCCUGGCGCACGGUGUUAGAGUCCAACUCGGGGAAGAAGUUUUCGUUGAUCAUGGAAGCGGACGGUUUGAACUGGCAGAUGAAACAUUUAGACGCGAUCGUCGCCAACGUCCCCGAGGAUGCGGAUUUCGUUUUGUUGACCAAUUUUUACGAAGCCGCGUGCGCGCAACCGGACGAGGGAGGUUUUUGCGAUAAACAAGGCAACACGUACCCAAUUUUAGCCGAAGACGGGCCGAAAAAAGGCCAACAAUUGACCGGGAACUUUUACUAUUGGCCGAAAGAUCGCUCCGGAGCCGGAUUCACGAGGUACUUGAUUGGCCCGAAGUUCCAAGAGAAAGUGUAUAAAUUUAUGGCGCGAUUCGGCGCAGAUAUGAUUGACGCGUUUACGUACGGCCACUUGUGUCAAGACGAUUACGCGAACGCAAAGAUGCGCGACGAAGGGUUUGCCAUGCCGGACGGGUCCGAUCCUUUUCAAAAAAGAGAAACCAGUCGAGACGAGAAGAACUACGGAUUGAAGGUUUUGAACUGCUAUUUAACGGAUAUGCAUCAAGACAUGAUUUACAAUUAA